AAGGUAUUCUCUAAAUUAAAGAGUGGUAUCAAAGUGCAGUCUUUAUAAACUAAUCUUGUUGAUAAAGCUUAUCUGGUGGUAUUGUUGGCUGUUUAGGAAUGUAAUAUUCAUAUUUGAUGACAUUCUUUUAGAACGAACUAACAUUCCCCAUCAAGAGAAGAUCGAUUGAUUUGACAGUGCAGCGAGUGCCGAGUUGAUUGGUGGAGAUCACAAGUAUAAAUAAAUCAUAUAUGCGUAUUGGUUUGUGACUCCUAAAACUUGUGCAGUAAGCUAGGAGGUGUACAUCGAUAUAUAUGUCCAUGGACGUUUAUGUCUGUACCCCAGGAAAUAAGUGGAAUUAACGGGAAUGGCGACUGAAACGAAGAAACCCAUGAAAGGAAUUUUGAAGUCUUCUUCGAGCUUUGACCAUGAAAAACAGAAGGAGCAGAAGGACAAAGAGAUGAAAUGGGACGAAAUGAAUAUUUUAGCAACACACCAUCCAGCUGACAAAGACUAUGGUCACAUGAAAAUUGAUGAGCCCCCUACACCCUACAGCAAAUUAUCUGAUGUUGAAGACGACGAAGAUGACGAGGGGAAUAAGACUGGUGAAAGAUCUGGGAAUAUGGGUGAUAUCAUGCCCGAAGAUAUAGCGAACAGGCUUGCGGAGACACAGCGACCACGAGCGACAUCUUUCAGUGAGGAGGAUGAAUCCUCUGAGGAUGAGGAGGAGACUGAGGAAGAUCAAGCAAAAAGAAAACACUUUGAGCAGAAAAGGAAACUACACUAUAAUGAAUUUCAAGCUGUUAAACUCGCCAAACAGUUAAUGGAGGAAGAGGAGGAGGAGGAAGAAGAAGAGGAAAAUAACAAAGAACCCACCAAAAGUGAAGUCACCCAACCAAUGGAAGAAAAUAGUAUAGGGGGAUCCAGCUAAUUCAGAACCUAGGGCUCCAAACUUUUAUAACUCAGUUAUUAGUGUGACUUAUAAUAUAGCCAAGGGUUUGAUAAUUUUUAUGAAAAUCAGCUUCUCUAUAGAUUUACUUCAAAUGGCAAGGUUUGUUGUAGUGUGCAAUUAUGGUAGUUAUUUUACUGGGAGAAUGUUUUGAACAUCUACAUUUCAGUGCAGAAUUCAUUUGAAAUAUGUAGUUGAUUAAUAAGGAAUUAAAGUCAAUCAGCAUAUGAAUGAUGAUUUUUUUCCCCAGCAAAACAUUAAUCAUACUUUGAAGUCUAGGUGAAAGUAUUUUUCGUCUUUGCUGCUUCCCUGUUUAGUUCAUCAUGCAUAUAUCCAUGAUGACAUUUAAAAAUCCAUCUGCAGUAGAUUUCCUGCCAAAAAUUUUAAUUUGUCAAGAAAUUUGUUUGAACAAAAUCCGUAUUGAAACGUCGACAGGACAUUGCAGUAGUUCUGAGUAGUUUCCAUGUUAUCAUGCAUUAAUGCACAGACUCAUUACUGUAAUGAACCAUUUGUAAUCUAGUGUUAAAUGUCUAGAAAUGUGACAACAUAGCUUAGUGUUAGAUGGAAUAAAAAUUUAGAAUGUCAAAAUACAUGUAUUCCAAUUAGUAUAGAGCUGAUUAUUUAUUGAGGAUUUUUGGAAAAAAGACAUUAGACAUUUAUUAUGUAGUCAUAUGUAGAGGAACAAACUAUUUCUGUGGCCAUUUUCACUGGCAAGUGCAAAUAAUGUCCCAUUUUGUGUCUUCAGUCCCAUGUUUUUAUUCAUCUUCCAUUCCAUUAAAUGUGGCUGUUACUUUGUUAUGAGAAUUUCUAGAGAACACUGUUGUCUUUAAUUUCAGUAUUUUAUGAAUAGAAACAAUGUACAUCUACAUAUCUUGGCAGAAUCAGAGAUAUCUUAUAGAUAUUUUUUUUUUGGUUGAUUUCUAUUUUUUUUUUUGGAAAAAUUGAAAUAAGUUGCUUUGCAUUGUUUCCCCCCCAAUUUUAAUAAUCCAUAAUGUUCCUUGAGGAAUAUCAGUUUUACAUUAUGCAAAUUUUAUUGAAAUACAUUCAGAUUUGGUGUAUAAUUUUGUACAAUGUUAUUGUACAAAUAUAAAGGGCAUAAUAUGAUACAUUUAUAUACAUAUAUAUGGAAUCUUACGAUUUACAAUGGUAUCAUACGAGAAUUGGCGUUAAGGUGGUGCAGAGUUAUUUAGGUCAUAUUUACUCAUUACCUUGUUAAGUUUUUAUUUCAAUGUAUACCAGGUAUGUUUCGGGAUAUAUCGUAUUAAAGUGAGUACUUAAAUGCACAUGGUAAAAUAUGGAUUCAGAUUUGAUAUACAGAUUUUUCGUUGUUGAAAUGUUUGAGCGAGUAUCAUGAAACUGGAUUUAUUUCAGUUUCUGUCAUGCAGAGAUCGGAAAUGACAUCCAUUUUCCUUAUUCGUUGCUCCAUAGAAGCCACUAUGUGUAUUCCAUUCUGUCUUUGCUGUAUAACUUUUGUAUGCAAGUUUACGACUUGAAAGUGCUAUUAUAUUGUAUUAACCCACAGGGAAGGGAUCUGUAUAUUCAAUGUGUUUGUGUGAAAUUGAACGCAAUUUUGAAUUUGCACCAGGCUGUGGUACUGUAAAUCACUUACUUUAUUUCCAAGCCUCUUAGAUUUAUCAGCAAGACAUUAUUUUCUGCAAAUAUUCAGUUUGUUGAUCACUGAAGAUAAAAUGUUUACAUGUGUUUAAAGAGUUUAAUAUUUACGAGAACCAUAUUUUCAUGUCAUUGUAAAUCCCACAAAUUUAUUUGAAAACAUAGUUCUCACAAAUAAAGUAAUUUACAGUAUUUGUCACAGCAUUUUCUCAUUUCAUUUGCACAUUAGAUAGAAAAACAAAUUUAGAAGAGAAAAGAAAAUAUUCAGUGUCGCACAGAUGUUUUUCACAUAUAUAUGUGGAUCCUUUAUCAGAAAUUUUGCAAUGCAGUACUCAUAGUCUGCAACAAUUCAGUUUACAUUUCUAAGCUUUAUUUUUAUAGUGUAGACUUGUAUGCUUAUCCUCCUAUAUGUGCACGCAUAGGCAUUAGAGUUUGUGAUGGUGACUAAUUUUAAAUUAGUUACUCAACUUCCAUAUAGCUUCCAGUUCAUUGCAAUUUAAAAAAACAAAAGGAGAGAAGAAAAAAAACAAGACAGUGACCUCAACAAUAUUUUGAGAUAUCAGUAAUUUUUAUACCAUAUGCAAGUAUCAAGAAUUUGUUUAUUAUUAAAUGUAGUAUAGUUUUAUUUGAGUGCCGGUAUUUUCUAUGAAUUUUAAUAUUUCUUCUAUUUCUAAAGAUGUUCUGAAAAAUUUUGAUAAUCUGUGAGGAAAUAUUUCAUUUGUCCUUGAGUUUUUGUCUGGAAUUGAAAUAUUUAAAUGUGUUGCCAAACAUUGCUGGUGCAAAGACAUGCAUUGAGAAAAAUGGUUAACUGUAUUAAAAAAACAAUGAAACGAGUGGAAUGUUUUAUUUAGAGCUUUAUUAUCUUGAAUAAAUAAGACCUUUCUUGUAAA